AGUAUAAAGCUGACAGUUUAGUUUCACUCGCCUCUGCACAACCGGACUGAGCUGACAUCCUCCUUCCAGCUCCUGCUUUUACAGCACAGUAAUCCUGGAUGAAGAGGCCACUGGACCAAUGGAGAAAGCGGAGAAUGAACGAGGAGAACAACAUGAUGAAGCAGACUCUCACAAGGAAACAAAGAACACAGAAGGCAAGACUGCUCGAGACUCAGAGGGGACAGAUCUUGCUAAAAAACUUCAGGAAGCCACUCUUGAUGCAAUUUAUUGGUCAAAAGUUUUAAAAGAUGAGCUGAAUAUUGUAAGUUCAAAGCAACUGCAGCAUUUAGGUGACAAAGAGUAUGAAGCGCUGGAAAAACAUGCUCGCAAAGAAUGGGAAAAAAAGGCUCUGCAGAAGCUGUUGGGAAUUCUGGAGAGACGGAAAGAGCUUGUCGAAAAAGAACGGGAGCAAAGACUGGAGUCUGAAAGGAAGAGAAUGGAACAAGUGAGACAGGCACUUGUAGAGCUUGCAAAACUGCACAAGGGAGGUAAGGACCGAAAUGAUGCAACGGUGAAAGCGAUGGAAGACAAGAUGCGCUCGGCUCUUGAAGUGCCCAAGGACAGCUGGGUGCCUACGGGUCAACCUCUAAAGGAUCUGAUAGAGAACAUACACAAGCAGCUUGACAGUUUAGAGUCUGCCUCACUUUCCCCACCUCACAGCAUGUCUGAUGAAGAAGUUUUGAGGAAUGCCUCUGGAGGCCUAGCUCUGGAGGGCGUGUAUGAAACUGGGAAUCUGGAGGACCUGGUGGAGAAAAGGGAGCAGCUCAUCCAGGUUCCUGAAUCAUUCUCACUUCGUGGGCCUGAGCACAAUUUCUUUUACGAGCAGAAGGAAUUUUCAUCUUGCAGAUCUCAAACGCUCUUUCAGAAGGUCAUGGAAAAGCUUGGCUUCAGUUUCAGCUGUUCAUUAAAGACUGGCUUCUGGGGCUUGACUUUUGAGAAUACGACGGAAAAAACGCAAUCUACAGAAACCGAGGAAUCCAGCAAACUCUUGUCUGAACACUCCUGUAUCUCGAAUACCAAGUAUAACUACAUACCGUUGGCAUCCAGUUUCAUUGAGAGGGACAAACUGAAGCUAUCAACAGCAGCUGUGAAUGAGCUUAAACGGAUAGAAACCAUCAUGUUGAACACCGAUGGCCAAGACUCUGUCAUGCUAACAAAGCGAGUUACUGCAUUCUUUGAGAGGUUUGGUUCGCAUGCUAACCAGGGUCCUCUGCACUUCGGUGGAGUGUUCUGGUGGAAGGCGUCUGCUGAGGGCUUCAAGAGCAGUGAGCUCACAGAGACAAAGAGCCUGAUGUCUGAAGCUCUGAAUGUCUACGUUGGUGCUGGAUACAGUGGAAAUUCUUUGACGUGUUCAGCUGGAGUAAGCACGUCUACAUCACAAUUGAAAGGAUCCUUCACUGGGAAGUACAAUGAAACCCUCAUGAGUAAAGUGCAGCUUUCCAUCAGUAAAACUGGGGGCCCAGCUGAAACCGACAAUCACCUGCAGUGGAAGUCUGCUCUCGUCUCCUGUAACAAAACCUGGUGUGUCAUUGACAGAGGAACAUGCCUCAUUCCUGUAUGGAAAAUCAUCCAGUCUGCUCACAGAGAAGAGUUCAAAGACUCUUUCAGAUUAAGCAACAAACUCAUGGAAAUUUAUCAAAUGACCACAAAGUGGAAUGUGGAACUGAUGUGGGGAGAUAAUGUGCUUUCAGCUGUAAGAGAGGCUGAGACGGUGAUUCAGUCAGUGAAGGACUGGACUGUACCCAAAAGUGAAGAGCACUUGGUUGAAUUAUUGGAAUUCAAGACUAAACUGAAAAAGCAAACAGGAUCCCACAACAUAUGGAUUCAAAUCUGUCUCUCUCAUCAGGUUCUUCAAGACUUCUUAUUGGAAGUUGUUAAACAUGACUGUCAAGGAACCAACUUGAGAAUGCUGAUGCGUUUCAUUAUGGAGCCUCACCUAUAUACUGUGAAACACUUCCCAAACAGAACUGAAAUAAUGCAGUGGGCUUACCAGACUGAGAAAGAACUGCACAAAGUCCAUUCUGUUUCCGAAUUUUCAGAACUGGCAAAAAUCAUACAUGAUGCCAAAAUACAGUUACAAGAUUCCACACUGUCACUUCACACUUUUGAAACAGUGCAUACUGCGAAGAUAAAAGCCACAUGCACCAUAACCCUCUCCCUGAAUUCCCUGCAACAGACAUUUAGAGAGAACAAUCAGGAAGAAGCAGAAGUGCUGAUACUUUCUGUAAUCACUGUUUUAGGAUACAGCCCACAAGGUAAGACAUUUAAUCAUCUACUGGGAUGGGAAGAAAUUGAAUUUUUAGAGGAUGAACUGGAAAAAACCUACUACAAAUACUCCUCUUUGAAAGAACAAAAUGCAUCAAGAGCUCAGGCCUACUUACUGUUGACAGCUUUGACUGUAUCCAGAGAUGGAGUCCACGUCUUCCCAGCGGACAAAGGAAGACGACUGCAGUUUUUUAAAUCGCAGAUGAAGAACAACAUUUCAACCACGGUUUCCUCCGCAGUGGAUUAUGCUGAUCAGCAUCAGGACUGGGAAAAGUUUGAGGAAGAAUUGAAUUCCAUUGUUAAUGAUACGUCCCAACUGGGUGAUAGACCAGAAGAAAGGUUAAAAGAACUGGAGUAUUUAAAACAGUGUCAGGAGGUAUCUUUCUCAGAAACCAAGCAAACGGACAAUCAACAGACUACAAUUCCACAUGAGACCGAUGGCACUCAUUCUGAAAGGAGUGAAAAGGCUGCUGCAUUUAUGAAUUUGCUUCAGAAACUGGGGAUAGAAAAGUUGUACCCCAAACAAAUGAAGAAAAAUGAUGUUCUUGUUAUAGACAGUCUGUCACAAAAUGCUAAUCAGCCAGUGACUGAAGAAAGUCUGUGUUUUCAUUAUCUCUAUAAGCUCAUGGUACUAGACUACAGAGCUAGGAAUUUGUUUUGUGUAAAUCGAGUAAAUGAAUCUGACAUGCAGCAUUCCAACGAUAAUGUAAAAAGCAGCGACGACUUUUUCAAUGAUGACGAAGACCCUGUCGAAGAGGUCAGCAGUCGAGAGACGCACAUUCACCCUAUGGACAUUCACAUGGCAGUUUUCCAUUGUGCUAAUGAUUUUUUGAGGCAGUAUAUCUUUACAAAACUCUCCACAUGUCAGUUUGCCUUGCCCCUCCUUGUACCCAACCCCUGCACUGGGAAAGUGGAAUUCCCACUCUGGGCCCUGCGGCACAUUAAGAAGUCAUGGCAAAGUAAGCAGUCCUCUGAGAAAUACAAGAGCAGUCAAAUGGUUAAUGCACCAGUGCCAAUUGUGUCCUUCAUUAGGCUGGGAACAUCUUCAGCCUCAAAGUCCCAAAUCCUGAACUCUGUGAUUAGCAAGCAGAACCACAGUGUGUUUUUCCACAGACACUGCAGAGGCAGCACUCCAGACUGCUUGCUCAUGGAUGGGGUUGUGGAGAUUGCUUGGUACUGUGCAGGAGGGAAGGAAGAUGACAUUUUUAAUGACUGUGUGGCUUUUAUGAACCUUCACGGGGAUGGCAGCAAACACCCAGAUCAGCUUCGGUUUCUGCAGGAAGUCAGUUCUGUCAAUGUAGUUCUGCUUUCGGAGGAUCCUCUGGAUGAAACAGCCAAGAUGAUUUCUAAGGCUCUCUUCGACUCUCCCAUCCCCUUGAUCUGCCUCUUUGCUGGAAAGGAAAAAAUUGGACGUGGGAAAGAUCUGACAAAGGUGAGAUUGCCGGUGAAGAACAGGAAUAAAGCUGAGCUGACUGAUGAAAUCGUAUCAAACAUCAAACACUGUGUCGCCUCUCAAAAAAAGACUUCCAGCCUGCAAGACUGUUUAGAAAUAGCAAGACAACAACAAUUUAGAGUGGAUGAAGACAGUGAAACAUGCAAAGGAGGGAAUGAACAGGCCCUGCUUCUGUUGAGCCUGUUAAAAGAGCAAACAUUAUCAAACCUCAAAGAGGAUGUUUUGCCCUUACAAGGCAAUCUAUGGCAUGAGUGGUGCGCAAACGAUAAAAAGCAGUAUCGACUACAAAGCACAGACAAUAAAACGAUUGAAAUGAAAAGAAGUGAAAUCCUAGAGAACAAAAUAGGCAUACGCCAUAAACAGCUGUCAAAAGCUUUACCACUCAAUGAUUUCAUGAGAUCCUUCCUGGAGUGCUUGGCUUCCCCUACCCAUUCUGGAGAAACUAAAUCGUACAUGCUGCAGUGGCUAAGGAUAUAUCUGGAUGAGCUCACCACAGACAUUCUCGCACAGCUUGAAAAUCGUUACCAUUCAACAUGGACAGAAAUCCGACUAAAACAAAAGGGUAAGGCUAAAGACAAAGAGCUUGAAAUCAAACUGCAGAAAGACCUGAACAAAAUCUCUGAGAAGAUCAACGCCACUACAUUUGGACUUCAACAUAUUAUGAGAGAAACUGGUCAAGUGUAUGAAGCGAUUCACACAGCAUCAAAAAAUGACGAAGAACUUCAGUAUGUUGCCGUUCUGCCUGACAUUGCAGCUGAAAUGCUGAUUUCAGGGCACCCUCUUGAACUGAUGGAUGGAGAUGCAGCCCAUGUACCUCUGGUGUGGAUUCAGGCAGUGCUGGACAGACUGAUUGGCAAGCUGGAAAAUAAAAAGAUAUUUGUUCUUUCUAUUCUUGGCAUCCAAAGCUCUGGCAAGUCCACACUACUGAACACAAUGUUUGGCCUUCAGUUCACAGUGAGUGCAGGGAGGUGCACACGGGGAGCGUUCAUGCAGUUAUUAGAAGUGAAAGAAGAGAUCAGACAGCAGCUGAAGUAUGACUUUGUCCUCAUAGUUGACACAGAAGGGCUGCGGUCACCAGAGCUCAGCAAUAAAACCACAUUAAGUCAUGAUAAUGAGCUAGCUACCUUCAUUAUUGGAAUCGGCGAUGCAACUGUGAUCAACAUUAUGGGAGAAAAUCCAUCAGAAAUGCAAGACAUCCUUCAGAUUUGUGUCCAGGCUUUCUUGAGAAUGAAAUCUGUUGACAUUCAUCCAAGCUGCAUUUUUGUGCACCAAAAUGUUGCAGAAGCAUCAGCAGGGGAUAAAAACAUGGAAGGAAGAAGGCGUCUCCAGGAGAGAUUGGAUGAAAUGGCCCGCAUUGCUGCAAAAGAGGAACAUCGGGAAAUUAGUGGGUUUGAUGAAAUAAUUCAAUUUGAUGUGGAUUCCCAGGUUUUCUACUUCAAGAAUCUUCUGGAAGGAGACCCUCCAAUGGCUCCUCCCAACCCCACCUACAGCCAUAAUGUCCAGGAUCUGAAGAGCAAGCUACUCACCAUUGCACAGUGGCAGUCAAACUGUAAGUUUUCCACAUUAUCAAAAUUUAAAUCACGCAUCAGUGAUGUCUGGAAUGCACUGCUAGCAGAAAACUUUGUUUUCAGUUUUAGAAACACUUUGGAAAUGAUGGUUUACAGCCAGCUAGAAGACAAUUAUACAAAGUGGACAUGGCAGAUGAGAAAACAUGCACUGAAGGUACAAAACAAAUGGCACAACCAAAUCAUGAGCAACAUAGUGCAAAAUGUGAAAAGAUUAGAUCUGAUGAAGGAUUUAGAUGAAGUCUACAAACCACUGAUAGCUGAAAUAGACAAAUACUUUAAAGAGGAGAAAAAUGCAGACCUCCUAAUUAAAUGGAAGGCAAACAUUCACAACAGAUUUCAAAGUCUGAAGGAAGAGCUCAUUGAUGAAACUCAAAAGCAAUGCCAUGAAUUAAUCAAACUCAAGGAAAGUCGAUCAGAGCUAGACAAACAAAAAUCAAAGUAUGAGGCAGAAUUGCUCGGAAUAAGUAAAGUCCUGGCUUCUACACUAAAGAACCAGAAACUCAGUGAAGAGAAAGUGAGGAAGGAGUUUGACACACUGUGGGUCAAAUGGGUAGUCAGAGUGUCCAAAGAGAUGCCACCCGAGAAUGCUGUUGAUAUACAAGCUAUAGUGGAGAACAUUCUUCUGGAAUACUUCAAGAAAGAGACGGAAAUCAUUAAUAAGAUUACAGAAAAAAAGAAAAACUUUCAUUUCAAUUCGGACAAACAUGUAUCACAAACCACCCUGAAGAAAUUUUGGAACAAUAUUGUAAAAGUGAUUGAUAAAGACUAUUUGAAGAUUUCUGGUGAUCAAGUUACACAACAAAUACAGACUAUGAUCAGUUUAUAUAUUACAGAGAAAGAAAGAAAGAAGUUGGAUUUCAAUGAUAAUUUUAUCUAUGAAAUAUUAAGAGAGAUAGAAUUAUUCAUUAGUAAAUAUGAAGAGUCUCCAAAGAGCAUUACAUUCACAACUGACUAUAAAGUUGAACUGUCUGUCCAUCUAUGCACAUCAGCUGCUAAAAGGUUUACGAAGAUGCAUGCAGCGUUCAAGAAAGCGAACAAUCUGCUAACAUAUCUUGACAGCAACAGAGAGGAGUACUUCAAGAUUUUUAAAGUUUUUUGUGAAGGAGCCACUUCUGUCACAUUCUUUGUUCAUGUUCUGUGUACACACCUCAAACCAGCGAUCAAGCAGGCAGUGUAUGACAAAGCCAGUAUCCAGAUUGUAGAUCAAAUGAAAAGUAACUAUCCAGCUUUCAGUGGUAACCGAUCCAACCUGGAAAAUCACAUUCUGAAACAUCUCGCCGAGCAAGAGAACUUUGACUCCUAUAUGGAGUAUAUUGAGCGUCCAAAGGAUUACUUCCAAAGGUUCAUAAAGGAACGUGUUGAAGAGUACUGCAAAAACUAUAAAAAUCCCUCAGAAAUGCUUAACGUUCAUCUCAAUGAUCUGAUGCGCAACAUUUUAAGCACAUCUAGUAUUGUAACUACAGUAGUUGCAGAGAAACACGGCAAUGCCUCCAUGUGGCUGGAUGAGUUCUGUAAAGGUCUUGGUGCGCACAUGAACCUCUCCAAAGAUGACUUGCAACACAUUGAAAAUGAAGACAUCAGUGACCUGCUGUUCCUAAAAGACACACUGGCCACAUCGCUUGACGAGAUGGUUAACAUUGUAGAGAAAGAAAACAAAAAGUCUCAUCUUGAUGUGAAAAUGUUCAGAAAGCCACCUAAUGAAAUUCUGUGUCAGCAGCUCAGUGGGUGUUGGGAGCAGUGCCCCUUCUGCAAAGCCAUUUGUAUAGGCACCAUCUCUGGCCACAAUACUGACCACAGUGUUCAAUUUCAUCGUUCUGAAGCUUUAGCUGGCUGGCAUUUCUGUGGCACAGACCUCUUUGCUGUUGACUUUUGCACCACUUCAGUUAGCAGUAAUUUGCUAUUCAUGUCUGCCAGUAAAAACCAGUAUAUCCCUUUUAAGACCUACAAAGAUGGUGGUCACCCUUAUGAUAAAUGGAGCAUUACUCCAGACAACACUGAAAAACUCUAUUGGAAAUGGUUUGUCUGUGCUUUCAGGUCACGGCUGGAAAAUAAGUUCCAUAAAAAAUUUCAAGGCAUUGGUACAAUCCCUGAAGCGUGGAAUAAAAUUAAAAAGAGCUCUGUGCUGGAUGAGUUGAAUGCCAGCAUUGGAUAAAAAGGACAACACACAAAAGUGACACCAAGAUGAAAGAUACAGCACCCUCUGUAGGCCACAGAAGGAAUUGCCCACCACCCUUCCACAGAUUGAUUCUGACUUAACUUUUUUUUUUAUUCUGUACUCUUAAAUGUGUUUGGAGUUGUAGAAAUAACGUUGUAGAUAGAGUUAAAUGUAGUACAAUGAUGGAAAACAAUUGAUCAGUUUUUCAUUGACGAUAUCUUUCUAGUGUUAGUGAGUGUUCACUGUAUUCACUUGUAUCACUGAUUUAUGACAUUAUUUGACAUUACAACCACAGUGUGACUUUGAAAUAAUAAAACACAAGUGUACCUGCA